AUGGGGUGCAGGGCCUGCGACCAGCCGAAGAUCAAGUACAGGAAGGGGCUGUGGUCGCCGGAGGAGGACCAGAAGCUGAGGGACUACGUCCUCAACCACGGCCAUGACUGCUGGAGCGCAGUCGCGAUCAAAGCUGGUGAGCAUCUCUCGUCAUCCUCUCCACGCAAACUGCUUCAUAAUCUCACUUUCAGUCGAAGAACAGACGGCAUCUCAGUCGUCUUCUUCCUUGAACCCUAGGGUUGCAGCGGAAUGGGAAGAGCUGCAGGUUGCGGUGGAUCAACUACCUGAGGCCGGGGCUGAAGCGCGGUCUCUUCACUUCGGAGGAGGAGGAGACCAUUCUGUGUCUCCACGCCUUGCUGGGAAACAAGUGAGCCCUCCGCCAUCGAUAAAUUUAUGUGGAUGAUAGCAGAAACUCAUCUUUCUUCUUCAGGUGGUCUCAGAUAGCGAGCCAUCUGCCGGGAAGAACAGACAACGAGGUGAAGAACCACUGGAACUCCUACCUGAAGAAGAAGGUGGGAAGAGCCGCCGAGAGACCCUCGAUCUCUCCGGAGGAAGCCAACUCCCGGGUUUCGUGUUUAGGGUCGCCGGAGCCGACGGAAACGUCCUCCGCCGACUCAGACGACCGGCGAAACGCCGAGCAGAAGCCCUCCGCCCGCGCAGCGCUGCGGAAUCCCCUCCCGAGGGUGAUGUUCGCAGAAUGGCUGCCGGAGGAGUGCGCCGACGAGCGGAACCUCGUGAACUCGGCGGCUCCAGCGAGCUUCCGCUGCCACCCCGCCGCCACAACGGUCGAUGAGUUUAGGGAGGGCGGGCCCUCUCUCGUCUCGGGGCUAAAUAUGGGAGGAUUCUUUCCUCAGAUGGGUGAAACCAGCAUCUUUGGGGAUCUCCAGCCGCAGUUUGAGUCGGAGGGCCAAAUUGCCGGCGGCGGGCUCUUUGACUUUCUUCCCAUGUCGGAGUUCUGCAGUAACUUGUAG